AGUCGGUGAGGGACAGGGCGGACCGGAGAGAAGACGGGAUUGCUCAUUCGCCUGGAAACAUGGGAUGUACACUGAGCGCCGAGGAGCGCGCUGCUCUGGACCGGAGCAAGGCCAUCGAGAGAAACCUGAAGGAGGACGGGGUGGUCGCCGCCAAGGACGUCAAGCUGCUUUUGCUCGGCGGCGGGGAGUCCGGUAAAAGCACCAUCGUCAAACAGAUGAAGAUUAUCCAUGAAGAUGGCUUUUCUGGGGAUGACGUGAAGCAGUAUAAGCCUGUGGUCUACAGCAACACUAUCCAGAGCUUGGCGGCUGUCCUCCGAGCCAUGGACUCACUGGGCAUCGAGUUUGGAGACAAGGAUAGAAAAGCCGAUGCUAAGCUGGUGUGCGAUGUGGUCACUCGUAUGGAGGACACAGAGCCGUACUCUGCAGAGCUUCUCACCGCUAUGCAGCGUGUAUGGGGCGAUGCUGGGACUCAGGAGUGCUUCAGCCGUGCUCGGGAAUACCAACUCAACGACUCUGCUCAAUACUACCUGGACAGUCUAGACCGGAUCGGGGCACCAGACUACCAGCCCACAGAGCAGGACAUCCUGAGAACCCGAGUGAAGACUACUGGUAUCGUUGAAACCCACUUCACCUUCAAAAACCUCCAUUUCAGGCUGUUUGACGUUGGGGGUCAGAGGUCAGAGAGGAAGAAGUGGAUCCACUGCUUUGAAGAUGUGACUGCCAUUAUCUUCUGCGUUGCUCUGAGUGGAUACGACCAGGUGCUCCAUGAAGAUGAAACAACUAACCGCAUGCAUGAGUCACUCAUGCUCUUUGACUCCAUCUGUAACAACAAGUUCUUCAUCGACACCUCAAUCAUCCUCUUCCUCAACAAGAAGGAUCUGUUUGGUGAUAAGAUCAAGAAGUCCCCGCUGACGAUCUGUUUUCCAGAAUACACAGGUGCUAAUACUUACGACGAUGCUACGGCAUAUAUUCAGGUUCAGUUUGAGAGUAAGAACCGCUCUCCUAAUAAGGAGAUCUACUGUCACCUGACCUGUGCCACAGACACAGGAAACAUCCAGGUAGUGUUUGAUGCCGUCACCGACAUCAUUAUUGCAAACAACCUUAGAGGGUGUGGCUUAUACUGA